CUCUUGGUGCGGGUAGCCAGCUAGACGCUCCCGCCGGGCCGCCAGUCAGUCAGUCUUCCGGUCAGUCAGCCAGCCAGUCAGCCUCUCAAUCAGUCAGUCGCUAUGGUUGGCUGGUUAGGUUUGUGAUGUUGGUGAUAAGAGGAAACAAUGAAUAGAUAAUAAAGAUACGACUGUUAACGAAAUAGUGAUAAGUGAAGGAAGGAAAGGAGGUGAAUGGACUGACAAAAUCGAAGGAAAAUACGAUACGAGGAGCAAGGAAUUAAAGGAAGACUAAAGAAUCCUGAGAAGACAAUACGAUGAAGGUGGCGUGGGCGGUGGCGUGGGUGUCGGCGUGGGCGGCGUGGGCGGCUGGCGCACCAACGGGAAACGGUGACAAUUUCUCGGACCAUGUGGUGGAAGCGAACGUCUUCACCCUCUCCUCGUACCCUCAUGCCUCCUUCCGGAGUCUCCCCAAGGGCUCCAGAUUGCCAAGAACUGCCAUCCCCUCGAGUGCCAGGCCAACAGGUCUCCCCGGAAGGCCCAUCCAAGCCCUCUCCCUUAAUGCUCCUCCGCCCUCGCCCAGCCCAGCCCUCGCGACGCCUGACUUCUUCACGGACGAACUCGCGGCUCUUGAAGAUUUGAUCAAUGCUGGCGCGUUCUCUGACGGUGUCCCUCUCGCCCCGAACAGCCCAAGCUACCAAAAUGACGUCAUCUCCGGGGACUUCCAGGGGUCUCUUGGCGAUCAUCUGCAGUUUAGUGCCAUCGGGGGACUAGAGGGUGACGCAGGAGGUUAUGGGGCAUCUCCGCUGAUUUCAGAGGAUUCUCAGACGCUCCUUUCCGGGGAUAUUUUCAAUCUCAACUCCCAAGACUUUCAGGGUUUGCAGGGAGUCUCCUCCGCCGCAGAUGCUAAUGGUCUGCAAGGGCGUGGCUUCGGAGGACUAGACUUAGGAAUAGAUCUCGAGGGGCAGGCGCUGGAUCCCGCGACCUUAUUAGCCGCCGAUCUACUUGGAAGCGCUGGCGGGCUACAGGGUGGUGCAGGAAGUCUUGAUGGCCUCCAGCUUAACUCCGGAGACUUAGGUGCACUACAAGGUGGCUCAGAUGUCUAUGAUCUCCUGCAGGCCGAUUCAGGGCGGUUCAGCAGGUCACACGUAGGCUCUGGCAGUCAGUUUAACUCAGGAGGAUUUAGCGGGCUCCCGGGAGGAUCUGGAGGAUACAGAAGACUGUUUGGAGACGUCUUAGGGGAUGCAUAUAUUGAAAAGGCUGACGGUCUGCGUUUAGGCUCUGUAGAACUGGAUGAUCUGAACAUAAAUUUGGGCAAUUUAAACCUGGCUGACCUGGACGCUAGUCUCGGUGACUUGCACCUGAACACGGCGGGCUUUGCGACGACACACCUGAAUUCCGGCGGCCUCGAUGGGGUGAGUCUACAGUCCGGGGGGCUGGGUGGGGUUGACGCGAGUGUAGGGGGCACCUUUGGGUCGGGUCUGAGUGACGGGGGCAGCGUCGGGGUACCCCUAUCCGAUGCCAUGCCAGGAUUUUCGAACAAUGGUGCGGGCGGCGGCGGCGGCGUCAGCAGCAGCGGCAACUUCGGCAGCGUCGGAGAGUCCCUAUCCGAUGCCGUGCAAGGAUUUUCGAACAAUGGUGCGGGCGGCGGCGUCAGCAUCAGCAGCAGCGGCAACUUCGGCAGUUUUGACAGCAUCAGCAGCAGCGGCAACUUCGGCAGCGUCGGAGAGUCCCUAUCCGAUGCCGUGCAAGGAUUUUCGAACAAUGGUGUGGGCGGCGGCGGCGGCGGCGGCGUCAGCAUCAGCAGCAGCAGCGGCAACUUCGGCAGCGUCGGGGUGUCCCUAUCCGAUGCCGUGCAAGGACUUUCGAACAAUGAUGCGGGCGGUGGCGUCAGCAUCAGCAGCAGCAGCAACUUAGGCAGCUUUGACAGCGGCAGCAGCAGCGGCAACUUCGGCAGCUUUGACAGCGGCAGCGGCAACUUCGGCAGCUUUGACAGCGGCAGCAGCAGCGGCAACUUCGGCAGCUUUGACAGCGGCAGCGGCAACUUCGGCAGCUUUGACAGCGGCAGCAACAGCGGCAACUUCGGCAGCUUUGACAGCGGCAGCAACAGCGGCAACUACGGCAGCUUUGACAGCGGCAGCAACAGCGGCAACUUCGGCAGCUUUGACAGCGGCAGCAACAGCGCCAACUUCGGCAGCUUUGACAGCGGCAGCAGCAGCAGCGUGUCCCUGGCAGACGCCGUGCAGGAUGUAGCAGAUGGGAAUGUGAAUGUGGGCGGAGUAGGCGACAUUGGCGGUUUCGAAAGGGUUGACAACAGCAAAGGCUUUGAUAUCGUCGGUAGCAUUGGCAACUUCGACAGCGUCGGCAGCAGUGGCGUGUCCCUGGCAGACGCUGUGCAGGAUGUGGCAAACGUGAAUGUGAAUGUGGGAGGAGUCGGCGGCGUCGGCGUGUCUCUUUCCGACGCGGUGCAAGGACUCUCUGGAACCUCUACGGGCGGCGUCGGUAGCUUCGAUUUCUCCCUCAACAACGCCGAGCAAGGAGGCUCAGGCGGGGGUGUGAGUGUGGGCGUGGGUGGCGGCGGCAGAGGCGGCGGCAUCAGCAACGUCGGUGUCUCUCUGUCAGACGCCGUGCAGGUCAACCAGAAGCUCCCCAGCCCUACGGCUGCAUCGGGAAUCAUAUCCUCGUCCACCUCCGCCGCCGCCCUGGAUAGUCUUGGGCAGCUGCUGACCGAAAAUCAGUCUCACAUCACGGACCCCGGCCAGUCCCUCGGCAGCUUCCUCCUGGACAUAAACGGCAAGAACGGCAUGAUGGUCCUCCCUGCGUCCAGCCUUGACGCCGUCACGAAUGGCCAGCUGAGCACCGCUGCGGCAGCCGAGGCCUCACUCCGUAAAAACUUCGAUGUGAGCGUGAAGGUGAACGAUGACGGUCUGGUCGACGUGGAUGUUGAUCUCAACACCACCGACGAUAAUGAUGUUGUUGUCACCCCGAGCCUCGCCACCGUCCUCUCCAACAGCACGAACGACAACGACCAGGCGAGGUCUGGCGACUCAGUCUUCGUCUCCUACCCAAACGACAGCACUCCGGCACCUCCUCCCCCGACCACCACGACCACCACGACGACUACCACCGAGGGGCCGCCCCGCCUGGCCGAAAUCCUCCCUAACCUGCUGUUCUCAAAGGGCCAGUUCUUCGGGACGCUACUCGGGGGCCUCGCGGAGAUCGGCUCCACCAUCUUGAAGGCCAUCACGGAGACGGACUGGUCGGCGCCGCCACCACGACAAACAUACGGACACUGAGCGUCGUAAGCGGCAUGACUGACUAUAGACAGGGACUAUGGCCAGCUAUGAAGGGCUGGCGACGUGUGAUUGGCUGUGGCUGGUGUACGUAUGGCUGUGGCUAGCUAUGGCUAAACUGGUUGACUAUGGUUGGCCGUCGAGAACUAUGGCUAGCGACGUAUAACUGGCUAUGGCUGGCUAUGGCUGAAAAUGUCUGAAGAAAGUGCCGUCUUGCAUUUGCUCAUCCGGGUAGUCUUCUCUCAUCACACACACACACACACACACACACACACACACACAUACAUAUUUAAGAUUUACAUAAUACGACACAAAAUGAAAGUUGAAUUCACCUACACACACACACACACACACACACACACACACACAUCUAGUGCCUAUGGUGAAAUCAAGUUUGAGCCAAGUAAAAUUACGAGCAGGUAAUUAAUUUUAAGGAAAUAAGAUAAGAUAUUCCGAUGACCAAAUGAUCAGCGCCAGAUAAUCCAAAACAAUAAUGUAAAAAAGACGGUCGCAACAAAAUGGAAGAAAAUCAUAAAAAAAAAACUUUUGGAUCUCUUACCACACAUAUACACAAAAAAGGACUGAAUGAUUAGAAUGAUCAAAUAUCCUAGUCUGCUGUGGAAUCCAUUACCCUAUCGUUUUCUUGUUUACUUCAGUCACUCCUCCCAAGUGACAAGGCGACUUGGAAAAGAAAACGAAAGGUGGUAGCGUUUUCGUGGGCUACUACGGUACACUAUUAACUGAAGGGCGUAAAAAAAAAAGGAGGAACAGGAAAAAAGAGAAUUGGAAGAGUAAAAUGAAAGUAAAAUAACAAAAGGAUCUUAUCACUGAAGCAAAUGUGUCGAAACCUAAAACACAAAAUCCUAAAUUCAAAACUCAUAAAAGAGAAAUGCCCCAUAAAAAGAAUUACGGUUCUAAGUAAUUCAAAAGAAGACUAAGGGGGAAGGCUGCAGGUUGGCUUUCAGUACUACAAUCCUUUAGUUUAGUCUCCCCUUAAGUCAGGUUUUCUUUCAUUCAUAAUACCUUCCCAGAGUCCCUCCCCCCCUAGUAGCGAAAUCCGAAUGUUUACGUCUGUGUACAUACUUUAUAUUUCAUUGUAUGUUCUGUAGUAUGUGUUUCCUUCAUUAUUUUCUGUAUCCUUUUUUAAUUUCUAUUUUUUUAAUCUAACCAAACUAUGGAAUAAAUGAUAGUAUGUG